UGGCUAGCGGAACAGCGGCUAUAUCAUCGCUGCGGUAGUUACUCCGCGUUGCACGUUGCUAGUUAGUUGCAAUGUUGUAGCUAUUAGCACGACAGCCAUUCCUUUGCUGGGGGAGACCUGCCGUUUUGUUUAACAAACCCACGUAGUGAUUUCUCACUCAUAUCAGCCAUUGUCCAUCCGGCAGCCAACUAUUGGCUUACAGAAAUUAUUCAAAAGUAUACCAGGUAGCUUGUAUUGUCUUUCUCUUAGCCGCCAGCUAGCUAGCCGCUAGCGUUCUGCUGUCUCCACCCACAGUGCGAACCGUCUCCUGGCCGACUGGAGGACCAUGGCGAUGAGACAGACUCCGCUCACCUGCUCCGGUCACACCCGGCCUGUGGUGGACCUGGCCUUCAGCGGAAUUACUCCCUAUGGCUACUUCCUCAUCAGCGCCUGCAAGGAUGGCAAGCCCAUGUUGCGCCAGGGAGACACAGGAGACUGGAUAGGAACGUUUCUGGGUCACAAAGGCGCUGUCUGGGGAGCCACUCUGAACACAGACGCCACCAAGGCUGCCACUGCUGCAGCUGACUUCACAGCAAAGGUGUGGGAUGCAGUGAGUGGAGACGAGGUCCUCACACUGGCACACAAACACAUUGUCAAGACUGUCAGCUUCACUCAGGACAGUAACUGUCUGCUGACAGGAGGAAACGACAAGCUGCUGCGCAUCUAUGAUCUCAGCAACCCUGAAGCAGCACCUCAGGAGAUUUCAGGUCACACCUCAGCCAUCAAAAAAGCCUUAUGGUGCAACAACGACAAGCAGAUCCUUUCUGCUGCCGAUGACAAAACCAUACGGCUUUGGGACAGAAGCUCCAUGGAGGAGGUGAAGACGCUGACAUUUGACACCUCUGUGAGCAGCAUGGAGUAUGUGACUGAUGGAGAGAUUCUUGUAAUCACUUAUGGAAAGUCCAUUGCCUUCUACAAUGCUCUGAGUCUGGACUUGAUCAAGACAGUGGAGGCACCAGCAACCAUCAACUCCGCCUCCCUCCACCCAGAGAAAGACUUCUUUGUUGCCGGUGGAGAGGAUUUCAAGCUCUACAAAUUUGACUACAGCACCAAGGAAGAGUUAGAGUCCUAUAAGGGUCACUUUGGUCCAGUGCACUGUGUUCGCUUCAGUCCAGAUGGUGAGCUGUAUGCCAGUGGCUCUGAAGACGGCACGCUCCGACUGUGGCAGACAGCUGUGGGGAAAACCUAUGGCCUGUGGAAGUGUGUCCUUCCUGAGGACCUGGGGACAGAGAACUCUGAGCAGCUGUACACCUCAACGCCUGAGAUCAAAGCCUGAGGAGAAAGCUGUGCGAAUUGGAAAUGGGAUGAGAAGAGAAAAGGAAAGAGACGAGCGGAGGGGUGUUCCAGCGUUCUAUCAGGCCCCAGCAAGGAGCAGAGUCCAGAACAUCUCCAUCCACCUUGAACUGAUGUGGAUAUUAUGACUGCCCUGUCUGUCAUAGACUUAGCCAUCACACCCAGACACAAACACACACAUACACACUGAUUUUAUGCAGUCAUACGGACAUUGUGGUCUGCAGAGUAAAGUAGUAGAGCUGUGAGUGUCAGCUCAUCGCUGCCUGCUUCCUCUCUGAUCAGUCCAGUUCUGUCUGUCUGCUUACAUUCAUUUUAAAUUCUCUGAAGCCUUGAACCCCAAACCCUUCAAAGUACAUGAUGCUCAGAUUGGAUUUGCUUUCAAAAUUAAGGUAUUUACUGAGCUGGACCAAGGCUUUUGUUUUCAGUUCAUAGUUAUAAGAUCGGUAGAGGUGGUUGCACAGUUUGUGCUAUAGUUGGGGUGCUUUCAUUUCUUGAAAAACAUUGCUUUGAGUAUCCGCUGUUGUUGUACUGGUUGAGUAUAAGAAUUUAAGUGUCCAAAUAAACACAAAAAAAAUAGUUUUGUGACAAAGUGGAAAGGGAAGAAAUGUCACUUUUUUCAUUUUGGUUUCUGUCUUCAUUUGUGUCCAGUGUUGAAAUAAACAAACGCAUUACUGUUAUUUGUAAGUAAUGCACGGAGAGCAAA